GCUGGGCUUCUAUGCACUGAGGGCAGCCAUAGCCUCUCCCACCUGGCACUCACUGGCCACAGUCCCUAGGCACCUGCUUCAGAGCCCAGAGCAAGCCUUAGAGCCACCAGCAAGUCUUGGAAGACCAGGGGCUGCCUUUGAUCUGAUCACAUCCAAGGGCCAGACUUCACACUGAGCAGCUGCAGUCAGAGAAAUCAGAGAAAGCGCCACCCAGCCCUAGAUUCCGAGGGGCCUGCUGGGGACUCCCUCCUCCUCCUCCUCCUCCUCUUCCUCCUCCUCCUCCUCAGAAGGAAAGAAGGAAGGAGAAGACCGGGAGGCUGCUGGCUCCCAUCAGCACCUUGGCGGCCAUGGGGCUGGCGGCCACUGCCCCCUGGCUGUCCUCUGCUCUGCCAGGCAGAUAGGGCGCUCUGUCCCUCCCUGCUGCCCGCUGCUCCUCUGGGGGGGGCAGCCCUUCCUGGACGUGGUGGCCCCCUUGGCUGACCCAAGGCCAUGUAGCCUCUGCUUGCAUCUCUGGGGAACACAGCACAGGGGGACCAGCACCUCUGCUCUCAGAGGUGGCGGGGAACCCUGAGCAUCCACCAUGCCACGGGGACUCGCCUGGCUGCACUAUCUUGGGAUCCUCUUUGGCAUGGCCUUGGGGAACGAGAGUUUGGAGGUGUGGCCCUUGGCUCAGAACAAGGAGUGUGAUAUUACCGGCUACCUGCGGGUCAAGCUUCAGUACAAGAACCGACUUCAGUACAUGAAACAGUACUUCCCCAUCAACUACAGGAUCAGCGUGCCUUAUGAGGGGGUGCUCAGAGUUGCCAACAUCACCAGGCUGCAGAAGGCCCGGGUGAGUGCGCGUGAGCUGCGCUAUCUGUGGGUCUUGGUGAGUCUCAACGCCACGGAGUCCGUGCAAAGCGUGCUGCUGGAGGGCCACCCAUCCUGGAAGUACCUGCAGGAGGUGCAGACACUGCUGGUGAACGUCCAGGAGGGCCUCACGGAUGUGGAGAUCAGUCCGCAGGUAGAAGCAGUGUUAUCCCUUCUGAGUACUCCAGGUCUGAGUCUGAAACUGGUGCGGCCCAAAGCCUUGCUGGACAACUGCUUCCGGGUCAUGGAGCUUCUGUACUGCUCUUGCUGCAAACAAAGCUCCAUCCUAAGAUGGCAGGACUGUGAGGUGCAGAGUCCUCAGCGCCAUGGGCCAGAGCCCCCCCUGCAGUGUGCAGCCACCCAGGUGUACCCGCCGCCCCGGCCACCCCUCACCUCCCUGCCCCUGUCCCCAGGCCUGAGCGCUAGGCCCUAGAUUCAGGGCACAGGGCUGAGCUUCUUGCCCUGAGCAGUCUGGAGGUUGGCUCUGGAAGGGCCAAUGGAUGAGUCCCAGGAGCUGGGCCGCCUGAGCUGUCGUGAGGCGGCGGUGGGGAGGCCCCUAGGAAAGGGGGUGCCUCUGAGCCCAGCUCCCCACCUCCCUUGAGGCUGUUUCAUUCCUCAGGUGGGCGGACAGGGAUGGGGACCACCGAGGCGUUCCAGCUGGGCUGAGUAUGGGGUGCUGGGCUGCGGGCAGAGCCAAAUGCCACAUCUUGCCACACUAAUGCGUUUCCACUUCUUUUUAUUUUUCUAUUAAAUGCCCACUUGUUUGGUUUGGUUUGGUUUGCUUUGCCUUUGCAAAGGUGAGCUUGGGAGGGAUGGACAGCCGGCCCAGGCCAUGGGAAGACAGGUAGAAAGGUUGACCCAGCCCAGGGCUGGGUCUGGAGCCUCACCCAGGGGCAUCGAGAAGGGAGUUCCUUCUAGGCCUGCCCUCCUGUGGACCCCAGCAGGUCGGAGGGGUGUCUGGGAUCCUCUUUCCUUCUAGCUGUCCCCAGAAAAAACAAGGGGGAGGGCAGUUCAAGAGACUCGGGUCCAGUGCCUCUGUGAGGCCUGCCUGGGUGUGGGGUGCAGGGGCAGGACGGGGCGGGAGCCACGGCCCAGGGAAGUCAGGCGGAGGCGUGUUAACUACAGUACCACUUUAUUAAUACUGGAAUCUUCACAGUGCAUUUGUUACUUGUAGCAGUGACUAUUUAAAUCGAGGGAAGGAUGACGUGAGGGGUGGGGUGGGGGUGGGGGAAAGAGGAGAAUUUGUCCAGAAACUGACAGAAAGAA